AUGAAAUCCCCUCACAAAAAAGCAGCUGCAAGAGAGCAAGCGAGAGAAGCUGUUGAUCACCAUGUUGGCUCUUCAACCAUCAAGAAGAAAAAAGCUGCUCAGAAGAGGCAGAGGAGCAGACCUUCAUCCCGGUCUCGAAGGAACAUCGUGGGCUGCAGAAUUUCUCACGGGUGGAAGGAAGGGGAUGAGCCCAUCACCCAGUGGAAGGGAACUGUUCUGGAUCAGGUGCCUAUAAACCCUUCUCUCUAUCUGGUGAAAUACGAUGGAAUUGACUGUGUCUAUGGACUGGAACUUCACAGAGAUGAAAGGAUUUUAAAGCUUAAAAUCCUUCCUGAUAAGGUGUCCUUUUCUCGAGUCAGCGAUGUGCGCCUUGCUAAUACCAUAAUUGGCAAAGCAGUGGAACACAUGUUUGAGGGGGAGCAUGGCUCUAAGGAUGAAUGGAGGGGGAUGGUCCUGGCCCAAGCGCCUAUCAUGAACGCCUGGUUUUACAUUACCUAUGAGAAAGAUCCAGUCCUGUACAUGUACCAGCUUCUUGAUGAUUAUAAAGAGGGCGACCUCCGUAUCAUGCCAGAGUCCAGUGCAUCUCCUCCAGCAGACAGGGAGCCAGAAGGCGUUGUAGAUGGCCUGAUAGGUAAACAUGUGGAAUAUACCAAAGAAGAUGGCUCCAAGAGGACAGGCAAGGUCAUUCACCAAGUUAAAGCCAAGCCCUCUGUGUACUUCAUCAAGUUUGAUGAUGAUUUCCAUAUCUAUGUCUAUGAUUUAGUGAAAAAGAACUGUUAGGAUGAAAUUUGCAUAGUGUGGGGAGGCAAAUGCGUAAUUUGUAGGCGUGCACAAAAUGUUAAUUUUUCAGUGUAUUAGAAGCCUGAGGGUUUCUGAUAACCCAGAUUCUUUGCCAGCAUCACUGUUUUGUUCUGAAAAAUACCAAUCUGUGGACA